AGUGAAAAAGAGAGUGAUUUCUUUUUCGAACUGUCCAUUCGAAGUGUUACGAUAUAGUUUGGCAAUCAUUUUCCAUUUAACUUUCCUUGCGAAUGUUUUGGUAGAAAAAUACAUACAGUGAUCUUACGUGGGUUUAAGCAUAAUUAACUUUUCUUUAGAAGGCAGUGAAGUUUCUUGUAAAAGUAUGCAUCGUGCGUAUCAGCCGAUCACACCAGCCAACAAUAAACUGUUGAAGAAACGAUGGGACGACAGACGUUUUGAUCGGCAUAGACAGAAAGUUCGAAGUGCACAGGCAGUGAUCGACAACAAGCCUCCUCAGACGUACAUGCACCUGCACCUCAAACUGAAGAAACUACAGGUGGAGGAGGAACGUCUUGCGAUCAUCGAGAGAGACAAUCGCAUCCUCUUGGAGAAGAUGUGCUACAUCAUGCGGACGAGGGGAAGGGUGGACUGCGAGAAUGACUACGAACAGAAGAGCCUAAACAGGACCAAACGACAGAGGGAAAUUCUCCGCGUGACCCACGAGAACCAGGCCAUACUCCGGCGGAUCCUGUCCAAGGAGGCCAACUACAGCCAUCAACAGUGGGAACACGAGUGGGCGUUGAACAAACAGUACAUGGCAAAUAUUGCUAAGUACCCACAAAACUACACAUUGACCAAGAACGAACGCAAGUUCUAUGAGCAUCAACAACAGCAACAACAACAACAACGUCAACAACAACGGCAAGAGGCAGCAAAGAACUCAAAGGUAGAAACAAUGAAAUCAGUUAUUCAUAAAAUUUACAUAUUUUACUUCAUCUUUCAAGUUUCACAACAUAAGAUUUAUGCACAAUGUGUAUAUUAAUAACAAUAUACAGGAUAUUUACUCAAUGGAAAUUCCAAGAGUUGCGUGGUGUAGAAAAGGAGAAAAUUGUUUCAAUUCGGAUGAACACAUUCA